AAAAUGUGUUGCCAUUUUUCUUUUGGUACAAAUAUAAACUAAGUGAGGAAAUGGCCAAUUAGAUAUUAUCUAUGCUACUUUUCUCUCACCUUUCAAAAAAAUGACUUACUCCUCUUUAUUCCUCUGUUUCAUUCUUCUCUUUAAUGUGUUGGUAACACAUGCAUUUACAGGAACAUAUGGUAUAAACUAUGGAAGAAUAGCAGAUAAUAUUCCAGCACCAGAAAGUGUUGUAACACUACUAAGGGCAAACAAGAUAAAGAACGUUCGAAUAUACGAUGCAGAUCAUGGAGUUCUAACAGCUUUUAAAGAUUCAGGAAUUCAAAUUAUCAUAGGGCUUGGCAAUGAAUUUCUUAAAGACAUCAGUGUAAACGAAGAUCACGCUAUUGAAUGGGUGAAAGUAAACGUACAACCUUAUCUCCCUGGUACCUUAAUUCGUGGCAUAGCUGUUGGAAAUGAAAUUCUUGGAGGGUUGGACGUAGAACUCUGGGAAGUGUUAGUCCCUGCAGCUAAGAAUGUGUACAAUGCGCUUGAUAAGUUGAACUUAGCGCGUAAAAUUGAAGUAUCUAGUCCUCAUUCAGAAGCUGUAUUUGAAAAUACUUACCCUCCAUCUGCUGGUGUAUUUAAAGAAAGUAUACUUCCUUAUAUGAUACCACUCUUGAAUUUCUCAAGUCAAAUUCGGUCACCUUUUUAUAUAAAUGCAUAUCCAUUUUUGGCAUAUAAGAGUGACCCUAGUCACAUUGAUCUCAACUAUGCAUUAUUGGAGAAAUCGAGUGGUAUAUAUGAUGCAAAAACUAAGUUGCAUUAUGAUAAUAUGUUUGAAGCUAUGAUUGAUGCAGCUUAUUUUGCAUUGGAAAAGGCGGGAUUCGAGAAAAUGCCAGUAAUUUGUUCUGAAACUGGUUGGGCUUCAAAAGGAGAUGAAAAUGAAGCUGGUGCUAAUGUGAAGAAUGCAAGAACUUAUAAUAAUAAUUUGCAUAAAAGGUUGUUAAAGAAAAAAGGGACACCUUAUAGACCAAAAAUGGUGGUGAGAGCUUAUGUAUUUGCUUUAUUUAAUGAAAAUCAGAAACCAGGACCAACUUCUGAGAGAAAUUUUGGAUUGUUUAAAGCUGAUGGAAGUAUUGCUUAUAAAAUUGGAUUUAGAGGACUUGUACCUUCUUCAGCUUCCUCAUCCCAUCUCUCCUCUAAGGACUUUAUAUUACGAGGAGGGUUUUGGAGUUCCCAAUGGUUUAUUGUUGUGACUUGUGUGACAAUGUUACUUCAAUUCAUAGAGUUAUGACCAACCAAAAAUUUAGCCCGCUCAAUUCAUCCUGCACAAAAUAUACUUGCAUAGGCUAAUACAGCUAGGGAGCUCUAAUCGUCCAAUUUUAUGAAGGUCCUUCUUCUUUGUAUAAAAUAGUUGCAAAUUUAUUCAAACUGUCAUUCUUUCAUGUUUAUUUGUACAUAUUUAAUAAAAAAAA